AAACUCGUGAGUUUAAGAGGUGCUGAUAUGUGGAUUUUGUUACAGUUGAACAGGGGCAGGCUAGCUUUUUCCCUGUCUCCAGUCUUUGUACUAUGCUAAGCUAUAAUAAGCUAAGCUAACGUGGGAGGGUAAAACAGGUAACUCUUGGGGACAAGUGCAUUUCCUAAAAUUGUAACCAAACUUUCACUCCACACGAUGAGAUGUUCAUUAUUUUAAAAUUUCUGUUUUAUUUAUUUGACAGGGAUGUCUUUCUAUGGUCUAUUAGUAAGUACAUAAUUAAAAUUAAAAAGAUCGAGCAUUCAUGCGUGCCAUGCUGUGCAGUGCGCGCGUGAGUGUGUGUGUGUGUGUGUGUGUGUCCCUUCCCUCUGCCCGGUUUGGGAUUUGCUGGUCGGUGACAUGCCUCCCUCCGCCUGGCUCCUUAUAGCCCCGGGAAGGCAGGAUUCCCUGACGAGUGGUACGGACAUCGCCGACGGAGCGUUCCCCUUUAAACACGGUCUUAUGACUACAGGCUGCUUCAGUGAGAGACGACCGGAGGACCCAACCAGAGACUGACAGUCGGGGACAGCAGAAGACUGACUUACUGACAGGAGACCGGUGACCGCGACUGACAGCCGGGGACAGCAGAGAACACAUCUCCCCUGCAGAGGCUCAAUAUUUGGUGCCACUCUGAGAGAACAAGUGGAGUUAAACGGAUACUACCUCACCUAUCUGCAGGAACUUGUUUUUCAGACCACUUGUUGCACAGCUGAGGACACUUCCCCUCCUGCAGCUCUGAGGAAAUGUGUCGCCUGCCAGUGGCUUCUCUCUUCAUUUGCUUCUGGCUGGUGAAGAGAAGCCACUGCAAUGGCAGCCUUCAGGACAGCAUGGAAGAGCUGCACACCAGGUUUGCUGUCAGUCUCUACCAGACACUCACCGAGACAGAGAACAACUCCAACCUGAUUGUGUCUCCAGUGAGCGUCUCCUUGUCUCUGGGGCUGCUGCAGCUUGGUGCCAGGGGCAACACACUAGCUCAGCUAGAGGGAACACUGGGAUACAAUGUGAAUGAUGCCCAGGUACAAGACUUCUUGUUGCACUCACAGGGUGACAUGAACAACACUAGUCAGGGGACAUUACUGCAGCAGACCUGCACGUUACUCAUCCAGAGUGGUGUCCAGCUCCUAACUCAGUUCACAAAACAUGCAGUAGCUUGGGCCAACACCAGUGUGGUCCGAGCCAACUUCAGCCAACCCAACCACACUCGCAGCCAGCCACAGAGAUUGGGGCACACCCAUGAUGAGACAUGGCCCCUGCAGGCAGGAAGCAGCAGUGGGGAGCUGUCGGGCUCGGGCGAGGCCCAGGUAGAGGCCCUGUGGUGGGGCCACCGGCUGCAGAUGGCCCUGGUCAACACAGUGGCCUUCAGGGGUGUCUGGCAAAAACAGUUCCUCUUCACUAAUACCCAGAACCUUCCCUUCACCCUCUCUGAUGGGAAUAUCAUCAAGGUGCCCAUGAUGUAUCAGGCUACAGAGGUCAGCUUUGGUCAGUUCAGGACAGCAUCAGACCAGCGUUAUACUGUGUUGGAGCUUCCUUACCUGGGCCACUCUCUGAGCCUGCAGGUAGUUCAACCUAGUGAGAGGAAGACACCGCUGUCCUCCCUCGACUCCCAGCUCACUGCUCGGCAGCUGGUGUCCUGGAACACCGGUCUGCGCAGAACCAAGAUGGACAUUUUCCUACCCAGGUUCAGAAUGCAGAGCAAGUUUAACCUGAGGUCUGUGCUUCCUGCCAUGGGAAUCAGUGAUGCCUUUAACCCGACAGUCGCUGAUUUCACUGGAAUAUCAGUGGAGGAGGGUCUUUAUGUGUCUGAUGCCUUCCAUGAAGUCAGAAUAGAAGUCACAGAAGAUGGAACGAAGGCAGCUGCUGCCACAGCAAUGGUGCUACUCAAACGAUCCCGUGCUCCUGUUUUCAAGGCAGACCGGCCAUUCUUAUUUCUGCUACGACAGAUUAACACAGGAUCCAUUUUAUUCUUGGGCCGAGUGAUGAACCCAGCUGACCAAGCACCCUAAAAUUCUCAUGCACACACACACACACACAUACACACACACACACACACACACACACACACACACACACACAAUUACACCCUGACCCCUAUUUCGCUACUGGUAUUUAUUUGUGGACCGACAGGAGGGUCCACAGACACUUCAGGAAGAGGGACAAUAUUUUUGUACAUAUCUGUAAAUAAAAUUUUAAUACAUGUUUUUAAAUAUUGUGUGUUUUCAUCCUUUCUUCUAUUAUUGCAGAUGCUUAGAAAGCCUCUUUUCUGCCUGAUGCACUGUUAAAAAAAUGACCAACAAAAACACAUACAGUCACAUCUUUACAGAACACUUUAUUUACAUGGCCCUUCACAGUGUAAAAUAGAAACUUUAUUCAUGGAAAUACUUACAAAAAGGCCAUUUUCCACUGAACAUUCUCUUUAAAUAGUACUCUAGGGUUAUUUACAUCUUUACAGUGUAUUCAAAAUACUCUUUUGGUGGCAGCCUCUUCACAAACAAAGAAGGUAUGGCAGAUUUUGGUCCCUAUCCAAGGAGGGAGGGAAUGGAAGAGGGCUGCCCUCUGAAUCAGAAAUCAACUCUUGACCUCUAGACCUUAAUUCAGAUGAUUUGUGUAUAUUUGAGAAAACUGAACAGGCCUGACCAAAAAUAAGAGGAUUGUUGGGGAAAAACUCUUCUGCAACAAAGGUAGUUUUUCUUUUAAAUUACAUUAAAUAAACAUUCUCAAAUUUACACAAGUGCAUUCAUGGUUGAGUGACAAGAAGUUGGUUUGAGAUUCAUAGUGGGUGAGGGGGAGUUAAGGGGGUGGGUUAUGUUAUUUGGCAGCAGCCAGCACUUUGGGACAAGCUGGCAUCCAAGAUCUUGGUUCACCAACACUCCAGGGGAGAACAGUUUGUGUUGCAUAUCUGUGGUUUCAGGCUAAAAUAAGAUAAAAAUUUAUUGGGGUGGGGGGUGUUAAAGUAGCUCCAAUGUUAUUGCUGAUCAUGAUGCAUUAAGUAUCAGUUCCUGAGCUUUUUAUCCCUGUAUUUCAACAUUUGUUCAUUCAACCAAUGAUGUUGCAUCAUUCACAAUGAUUUUAUUUUUUACUUGCCCUCUCUGAGAACCUGCACUGCAAAAGACAGACUUUUUAGGUUUACCAUCUCCAAACAUUAUUAAAGUUGUGGAUCAUUUUUCCCCCAGGGGGAACAAAAAUGAUUAAAUCUUAAGUUACUAUUCAAUAAUAUUCAUUGUCAGUCUGGUAGGUAAACCACAGGUUGAUAAAUUAAAAUUCAUAUCCAUUUAAGCGCACAGCAGUGGAGUGCUUUAGUUAGUGGAGCGUAGAGAGUAAAUUUCAACAGUCACACAGAAUGAUUGACUCUCAUCCUCCAACAAAACCAAACGCCAAAAAUGACAUGACGCGAAAACAAAAGUUAAUGAAUAAAAAGGCAUAAGUCUUUCAUGAGUGUCUCCACUGGAUCCCAUUUGACCCCAAGUUGGCUGAAAAUGCACACAACACCCACAACAACCUGAACCAUUCCUACACUAUUUCUAUACUUCCUACACUGAGGUCUGUAGCAUAGUCACUGUGAAAACACGACUAAACAUCAUCUGUUCCUCUCCAGAUAUGUCCUGCACUCCACCUGCCCAUUGGAGAGAUUAUUCACUCUCAUUUGUCACCUAAAAACAAGACAAUCAAAUCAGGGGAGGAGAAUAAUCAAGGGGAACGCCUGAGGACAGGUUUGCAGAUUGGAAAGCAACCAUGCUGAAAUGUCCUACAGGUCAGACAUCUCAUUGCAUAGGCAAACACUUCACCUGCAGCAAUAAAAUGCUUCCUUGUUUUCCCUUUUUGAUAUCUGCACUUGCAUCAUCCAGGGUCAACGCAGCUUUUAGUUUAUACUGUGUGUAAACCAA